CCACUCAGGUCACUGUAGCAGGUUGGCGUGAAGACUUUUUCCAAUUUCCAAUUUUGACGCAGCAGACGAUAAAAAUCUGGGGUUUGGAAAUUUGGAGCUCUUUUACGUCUCAGAUUUGACUCUUCGUUUUGCUAGGCAACAAAGAUGGCGGACAAAGACGAAGCACAGACGAAGAGACCCAAGCCAACAAAAAAGAAAGGGCUCCCUCCGAUUUCUCCACGAGCCAAUGCAGACGAGAAUGACGAAACAGAUAAAAUAAAACCUGUCAAGAGGAAGCCCAGAAAAAAAGCUUCUGCCUCUGGGGCCAACGAGCAACCAUCAUCGCCAACUUCGGACCCAGGAAACGGAGAGGUGAAGCCCGUUGCUGUGAGACGCAGGAAGCGCUCACCGAGUCAGAACCAGGGAGGAGGAGGAGGAGGGGAGGGAGCGCCGGCCGGUGACACCACGACCACAACGCCCAGGAAGAAAAAGAGAAGGCCAAAGCAGACAACUGCAGAGGAGCCAGAUCCAAGUCAGAAUGCCGAAUCAUCUCAGCCAACGACAGAUCCCCAAGGCAGCAAAACCAGCCUCAUCAGCAAAGACGGAGAGACCCCACGCAAAAAGGCAGGUGGAAAGAAAAAGAAGAAAGUGAAGAAAGCUUCCGCUGAGGCAGUUGACGAAGAUGAUUAUGGGGAAAGUCCAUGGGCGGAAGAUCUCCGCACGAUGCACGAUGACAUCAUCACAGGAAGCCAGGACGGGGAGGAGGACGGGGAGGAGGGGGAGGCCAGGGGGGCCGGCACCAAGAAAGUCACCAACAUGUUUGUGGCUGCCCCGAUUCUCAAGAGCCAGCCUCUGGAGAAAAUUUUCAUCGAAACCAGCAAUUUGACAUCGGGAACCCAACGCGUCGGUUUGUCCUGCGAGCCGUCACGCUACAGAACGGGGCGGUGUCCAUUCUCUUCUGCCUGGUUGCCCUGGUGCUGAACACGGUGGCCAUUCGCUACGAGGACCGCAUGAGUCUGUACCGAGACUACGUGGACCUCUACUCUGGGGACAACGUAAGCCAGGCAGUGAGCGGUUUCACGACCCCGCCCAACUUUAUGAAGGAGGAGGAGAUCGCGACUUUCCAAAGUGUCAACACGGCUCGCUGCGUGUUCAUCGUCCUCAGCUGGUUUGUCCUGUCUGUCACGCCAAACUCGGACCGCCUGGGCAAAAGUCUGCGCUCCGGCCGCACGGGGCUCGAGAGAGAGGUGGAGAUGGACAGAGUGUCGUCGGCCUGAUGGCGCAUCACAGGAGGGGGAAGUACCUGGCACAUCGGGGGACAUUGCUGGCACAUCGGGGGACAGAUCGGGGGACAUAGCUGACACAUUGGGGGACAGAUCGGGGGACAUAGCUGGCACAUCGGGGGACAUAGCUGGCACAUCAGGGGACAUAGCUGGCACAUCGGGAGACAGAUCGGGGGACAUAGCUGGCACAUCGGGGGACAGAUCGGGGGACAUAGCUGGCACAUAGGGGGACAGAUCGGGGGACAUAGCUGGCACAUCGGGGGACAGAUCGGGGGACAUAGCUGGCACAUCGGGGGACAUAGCUGGCACAUCAGGGGACAUAGCUGGCAAAUCGGGGGACAGAUCGGGGGACAUAGCUGGCACAUCGGGG